AUGGUCAUCUUCCCUCAAUGGGAACACCACCUCAGCAUGUUUAAUGCCCAGACACGUGAGGCAGCGAUCGUGUCCAUCACCUGGCACCAGCAGAAGGAGUUUCGUAUCCCGGCGGAUCAGGGCAUCGCUGGUCAUGUCGCCACCACUGGGAAAAUCCUCAACAUCAAGGAUGCGUAUUCCCACCCUCUGUUUUACCGCGGUGUGGACGACAGCACGGGCUUCAGGACGAGAAACAUCCUCUGCUUCCCCAUCAAAGAUGAGAACGAAGAGGUGAUCGGCGUGGCAGAACUGGUGAAUAAAACCAACGGGCCGUGGUUCAAUCGUUUCGAUGAGGAUCUGGCAACCGCGUUCUCCAUCUACUGCGGCAUCAGCAUCGCUCAUUCUCUGCUGUAUAAGAAGGUCCAUGAGGCUCAGUUCCGCAGUCAUCUUGCCAAUGAGAUGAUGAUGUACCACAUGAAGGUGUCGGAGGAGGAGGUCACUAAACUCCUGCACAGCGGCAUCGAGCCGGUCCAGAAAAUCCACCUGGACUUCUCUGAGUUCACGUACACGCCGCGCUCUCUGCCCGACGACAGCACUCCGAUGGGCGUCCUGAGCAUGUUUGAAGAUAUGGGCGUCAUCAACACCUAUAAGAUCGACCUGCACACUUUAGCCAGGUUUUGUCUGAUGGUGAAGAAGGGCUACAGAGAUCCUCCGUAUCACAACUGGAUGCAUGCCUUCUCCGUCUCACACUUCUGUUAUCUGCUUUACAAGAACCUACAACUGUCUAACUACCUCGAAGAUAUAGAGAUUCUGGCGCUCUUCGUGUCCUGCAUGUGUCACGAUCUGGACCAUCGAGGAACCAACAACUCCUUCCAGGUGGAUUCGCAAUCUGUCCUCGCGGCCCUUUACAGUUCAGAGGGAUCUGUGAUGGAGAGACAUCACUUCGCUCAGGCCAUCGCCAUCCUCAACACACAAGGCUGCAACAUCUUUGAGAAGUUCUCCAGAAAGGACUAUCAGCGGAUGCUGGAUCUGAUAAGAGACAUUAUCCUGGCCACAGAUCUGGCUCAUCACCUGAGGAUCUUCAGGGACCUGCAGAAGAUGGCUGACUGUGGUUAUAACCCGAGGAGUCAAGCCCAUCGCAGUCUGCUGCUGUGCCUCCUCAUGACCUCCUGUGACCUCUCAGACCAGACCAAGGGCUGGAAAACCACCAGGAAGAUCGCGGAGCUGAUCUAUAAAGAGUUCUUCUCUCAGGGGGAUCUGGAGAAGGCGAUGGGAAACAGACCCAGUGAGAUGAUGGACCGUGAGAAAGCAUACAUCCCUGAACUCCAGAUCAGCUUCAUGGAGCACAUCGCCAUGCCAAUAUACAAGCUCCUGCAGGAGAUUUUCCCACGUUCGGCCGAGCUUUACGAGCGCGUGGCCGCCAACCGCGAGCAGUGGGCCAAAGUCUCGCACAAGUUCACCAUCCGCGGACUACCGAGCAACAACUCGCUGGACUUUCUGGACGAGGAGUUCGAGCUGCUGCAGUCUCAAGGCGCCUUCGGAGACGAUUCGCACCGCAUGAACGGUUGCCUGGAUGACGACUGCGACAAACACGACCAAUGACGUCGCUAGGGCAAAGGUCACCUGACGGAUUGUGUCUUGGUAAAAUUCCGUAGUUACCGACGAGGCUUUGAGGAAAGGUUCGUUGUCUCCUUUUUGCCAUUUGCACGAUGAAGGACGAUGGAUGGUGCUGCGCAGUCGGCGGAGUGUGUAAUGUUACGCAGACAUUUGGACUGAAAAAGUUAUGUUCUCAGUGGCCCCGUUGUAAUAGCUAAACAUUUUAUUCUAAAUGAAAAAUCAUAUUUCACCUAAACAACUAGAUGAAUGAAAUGUAACAAUUCCAGCAGCCCAGUGUCACAUUUUUUAAAAGUUGUAACAAUUACAGGUGUCUAGUGAUACAUGUUUAAAUCAGUGUUACGUUUUUAGAACUUGUAACAGUUCCAGCUGCCUGGUGUUGCUGUUUUAGAGCUUGUAAUACUUCCUGCUGCUUGGUGUUACAUUUUUACAACUUGUAACAAUUCUAGCAGACCAGUGUUACAUUUCUAGAACUUGUAACAAUUCCAGCAGCCAGUGUCACGGUUUUUAGAACUUGUAAUAAUUCCAGCACCCGGAUGUUACUUUUUUUUUAAAAAUCUUGUAACAAUCCUGGGAGCCUGGUGUUAAAUUUGUUAAAACUGUAACAGUUCCAGCAGCCUGAUGUUACUUUUUUAAAUCUUGUAACAAUCCUGGGAGCCCCGUGUUACAUUUUAAACCUGUAACAAUUCCAGCAGCCUGGUGUUACAUUUCUAGAACGUGUAAGAAUUCCAGCAUUCUGAUGUUACAUU